CUCAUUGGCUCCUGUUGAGUGAGUGACAGUUCCAUAAGGUGGUUGUUUACCACAUCAGAGCAGCUUCUCAUGCUGAGGUUGAGCAGUUCAUCAAACACGGUACACAAGCCAGUGAUCAGCACUAGUGCCAGGGAAGCGCAGAGCAUGACAAACCAAAAGCUAUUGAUCAUUUGGGUGUGGAUGUUACUGGUCGCAUCAUUGUGUCCCUGGGCCCACUGCAAACGUGGAGGGGGGUUUGGCAGCAGGGGAAAAGGAGUGGGCCUGGGCGCCAAAGCACCACCAUCCCAGUCCAAGGGAUCAUCGAGGCAGGGGCUGAAACUGGCAGGUGCUGCGGCCGCAGGAGCUCUCGGAGGAGCUGCCAUUGGGUACGGGCUGGGCUCUCUAGGCAGGCCUAGGUACGGGUAUGGCUAUGAUGUUUCCGCAGAAGAGGACAGGCGCUAUUACCCUGAUGGACCUGGAUACCACAAUCGUUCCGACUGGCGGUAUAACAGAAACACAGCCGGCUCCAAGCACAUGACCAGUAUCCUCAUAUCACUCGGAACGGUGACACACAUCUUUAUGUGGAACUGAAUUACAGGAUACAACAAAGGAUGUUUCUUCUAUUCAUAAAGAGGAAACCACUGAGAUCUUAUAUCAGCAAUAUGCAUUUGAUGAUUAAAGUAAUAUGAAGAUAGGACAGUGGCUUUAGUGCAGACUUUAGAACGGAUUAAUAAACUGUAUUAUUACAGGCUUGUUUCAGUUCAGGUUGAUGUGAUAUAUUUUUAUAUUAAGCUUUUAAAACACAGUUGUAGUAGUGAACAUGUUUAAUAAAAAUUUAUGCUGUGUAUAUGAAGGUGACAAUGGACUGCAAAUGUUUAUGGUAUUUAUUUUGGUGGCCUUUAUGUCUGUUAAUGAAUCUGAAAAGCUUUAAUUUAAGGGCUGAAGUGCAUUUUCUUAUACAUCUAAUUUUGUUUUAUGCCAAAAUUGUGAUUUAUGUUUUUCAUAUAGUUGCUUUUAUUCUAGUGAAGUUAGUUCAUGCUUGUCUGUGGAAUUCAUUGUUUGUGGUGUAUUUUGAUAGGUAUUAUUAACAACAUCACUGUUUUGCUUUUAUGUGGCUUUCAGGGUUUAAAUAAAUUGUUUCUUUAUGUCUA